CCAUUUGUUCGCCCUCCACUCAACUCGCACAACACAAACGUCCUGCAAAAUGUACUCCAAGAUCAUCCUUCUUCUCGCUCUUAUGGCCGCCGUCAGUGCCCAGUCUUACUAUGGACAUCAGCAACAGUACCACCACGAGGAAGAGCAUCACGGACCAGUGCACUACGAGUAUCACUACGAUGUGCAUGAUGAUCACACGGGUGACGUCCACGGACAGAAGGAGGCCCGUAAGGACGACUCUACCCAGGGCGAGUACUACCUGAUCGAUGCCGAUGGCCACAAGCGCACCGUCACGUACCACGUUGAGGGUAAGAGCGGAUUCAUCGCUGAAGUGCACCGUGAACCGAUCAAGGGAUACCAGGCUCCUCAGCCACAGCACCAUCACCAGCCACAAUACCAUCAGCAGGCUCCAGCCCACCAAAAUUAUCAUUACUAGAACGCAUCUUAGUCUUUUCUAAUUGGUACCAUAGUUGUGUAAUAAAAGUGAAAUUAUACUUUUAAAUGCUAGUAUAAAACGUUUAUUAGUGUUAUUCAUAUUCAAAGUUUAGAUUGAUACUUGUAAUACCUUAAUUGUGAAACGCGUAAUUUCAAAGAACAUACCAAUUCUUACAACUGUCUUUAACCAUGAAUGAAUUUUUU